AUGUCAAUCACCACGGCCACUUCCAACGAGGUCCUCCGUGGUUCCAAUGGUCGUCUUCAAUUUGGCGCACCACCAAAAACUGGCGCUACGCGCGGUCUUCAAGUCGAACCAAACUGGGCUGCCAUCAUACGCUUCCUCGCCCUCGACGUUGAAUUUGCGCAAGUGCUUUACAACGGCGCCCACAACUACAAGCAGCGUCCUGGACGCGUGUCUAUCGUCAACAAAGCCGGUGUCGUCAUCUACGAUGUAUUUGUUCACUUCGACGACGAACCCGAGGUUCUCGAUGUGACAUUGCCUGAUGCCUGGAGGAAAUUUGGAGUCUACGACAACGACAUUUUGGCAUCACACGGCGCCCGACCGAUCGCUGAAGUGGAGGAUUACGUGUACUACAUCAUCCGGCACUCCACCGUGAUCUGUCACGCGAUCAAGGGGGACUGGGACUGCUUCUCCGACUGGGUUCACGAUCAAGUCCCUACCCGCGAUACGCAGCAAUUGCCAGAGUACAAGCAGCACGGCAAGGCUCCGCAGUUCAACCCGAAACUGUCAACUCUGGCCGAGAAGGUGUUGGAGCGCGUGAUUCAGAAGGGCGAUCACAGCAGUGUGGAGGAUGCAAAGACAACCAUGGACCUUUACAAUCUUCGUGAAGCCGAAUUCGAGGCAACGCAGGGUUCUCGACCCUGCCCAGUGAAGGAGAAGAGUGCGACGAUUACUGCGCCGAAAACACCGACCACCACUUCAACAAGUUCCGGAUCCCCAGAAUCCUCAGAUACUCCACCAACAGAACUCAUCUCCCCAAUGCUUGCUCUCGCCUCGGCAUCUGAGCCACCAACUCCAGACGCGCUGGCGGAGGCUAUCGCAGCCAUCGAUCUUGUUGCCAAGCCGCACGCUCACAAUAUCACCAAGAUCACAAAGACUAACCAAGGUUCCGGGGAGUAUGACGAAGCAACCAAGCCACAACCCAUUGUGGAAGCGACCAAGGCGACCUCUGAGGUCGCUCUAAAGCUGAUGGGCAAGGUUACAGGAGUCCGUCCAUCGGCGGACAAGCCCUCAUGGGCGAGAACGGCCGCCGGCAAGGCCGUGCACACCGCUCAACCAGUCUUGUCUAAGGGAAUCUCCACUCAGGUUCAAACCGCUGAGCCACCAGUGCUCAAGGUUUCGUGGGCGCAGGUUGCAGGCCGCAAGUGA